UCAUCCUUCGCUCCCUUCCAACUCAUCCCAUAACUUGAUACCGGCGCUAUUCAGGCUGUCCGAUCCAGCGAAACCCACACCAAAAAUCCGUGGAUAGGACUUGAGAACUAUCAGAGCUCCUCCUGAUUCCAUCUGAACUGGGCACGGAACGCACCGCUGUUCAAAUUCCUUGCCGUCGAUCUCGCUCUUGCAUAGCGCUUUCUUGAGCUAUAUAGUCUCAGCUUUACCUGUCGUUGCUUCAUCAUGGCGACCCCCACAAACGCACUCCCAGGUGUUGCACCUCCAGUACUACCAGAACUUCUGGCACGACCAAUCGACGUUCUCAUGAUCGACAACUUCGAUUCAUUUACCUGGAAUCUUUACCAGCACCUCUCACUGCUCGGCAGAGACAUCACCGUCCUACGCAAUGAUGCUAUCCCCGUCGAUGCCCUCCCCCAGCUUCAGAUUCGAUGUCUCAUCAUCUCUCCCGGUCCCGGACAUCCUGUCACAGACUCGGGCAUUUCGAGGGAGGCGAUCAAGUACUUCACCGGGAAAGUACCGGUGCUAGGUGUUUGCAUGGGGUUGGAAUGCUUGGUAGACGUGUUUGGCGGUGAAAUAGGGUACGCUGGCGAGAUUAUGCACGGCAAGUUGAGCCGUAUCCGUCACGACGGCCGUGGUUGUUUCAAGAAUGUCGCACAAGGCUUCAACUCUACCCGCUACCAUUCACUGUCCGCCGAUAUCAAGUCUCUCCCCGCUGACCUCGCUGUCACUGCUGCCACCGAAGAUUCGGGAGUCAUUAUGGGUGUUCGGCACCGGAAGUACACCCUUGAAGCUGUCCAGUAUCAUCCCGAGAGCAUACUCUCCGAAGCCGGAGAUGAUCUAUUGCGGAAUUUCCUCGCUUUGAAUGGUGGAUUGUGGGAAGCCAAUCCAGAUUCUGGCGUAUUGGACGUCAGCCUACCACCAUUCCCCAUCGAGGCUGUCGACGGCAAACUGAAAGCAGAGGCGAAGAAGAUUCCAAGCGUUUUGGAGAAGAUCUAUGCCCAACGCAUGAAGGACGUCGCCGCUGCGAAGGAAGUCCCCGGCACCAGCCCUGCCGAUCUCGAUACCUUCCUGUCCAUGCAUCUCAGCCCACCAUUAAUCCCACUCGUUGCUCGUCUCAAAGCGCGUACCCCUGCACUUAUGGCCGAGAUCAAACGCGCCAGCCCUUCAAAAGGUCCUAUCGCGCUUUCCGCCAAUGCUGCUCAACAGGCUCUCACCUACGCCCUCGCAGGCGCGUCCGUCAUAUCGGUGUUGACGGAGCCCACUUGGUUCAAGGGCUCCCUUCUGGAUAUGCGUUUGGCCCGCCAAGCAAUCGAUUCCCUCCCUAACCGCCCCGCUGUCCUCCGUAAAGAUUUCAUCCUCGACGAAUAUCAGAUCGCGGAAGCUAGACUAUACGGCGCGGAUACCGUGCUUCUCAUCGUCGCCAUGAUCCCGACCAAUCGGUUGAAGGCACUGUAUGAGUACUCUCUCAGUCUUGGGAUGGAGCCGCUUGUCGAGGUCAAUAACGCGAAGGAGAUGGAGAUCGCCCUCGAGCUAGGGGCGAAAGUGAUUGGCGUCAACAACCGCAACUUGCACGACUUUAAGGUGGAUAUGGGUACCACGUCUCGACUGGCCGAUAUGGUCAAGGAGAAAGACGUGGUGCUCUGUGCUCUCAGCGGCAUCAUGGGCAACCAAGACGUGCAGACGUAUGUUGAUCAAGGAGUAGGCGCCGUGCUCGUCGGAGAGGCAUUGAUGCGGGCCAAGGACACGAAGGCAUUCAUCCACGAGCUUUUGGGCUGGACCGAAGACCAACCAUUAGCGGAGCAGCGCGCGCCUUUGGUCAAGAUAUGUGGUCUCAGAACCGAUGAUGAGGCAUUGCUUGUGGCGGAAGCUGGCGCGGACAUGCUCGGCCUGAUGUUUGUCCCAUCCAGCAAGCGAUUUGUUUCUCUCGAGCAAGCCCAAAAGAUAGCAGCUAGCGUGCGAGGCGCGCGCUCUGCAUCACAAUCACCGGAAUCAUCGUCUUCCUCUUCGACCAGCCAGGAUUCGAUACGGAAUGAGCCGUGGUUCACGACCCACGCCCUUCGUCUCGUUCAUUCACCGACUCGACCACUCCUUGUAGGCGUAUUCCAAAACCAGCCACUGGCCUGGAUAUUGCAUUGCGUAGCGGUAGCCCAGCUGGAUAUCGUUCAACUACACGGCGACGAGCCUUUGGAGUGGGCGAAGCAAAUCCCUGUUCCUGUCAUUCGCGUUUUCCACGUGGAUGCCGAGGGUAAGGGAGUCGAGGGUAUCGCGCGGCCGGGUCUUCAUCAGUAUGUUCUGCUGGAUGCUGCUGUCGUGCCGGGUGGUCUUUCUGGAGGAACUGGCAAGAAGGUGGAUUGGGAGGUCGCAAAGAAGGUCGUUGAGCUCGGCGAGGCUGGCGUCAGUCCUUCAGAGAGGGAGAUUGGCGGUACUCCUGCGCCGAUGCCUAUCAUGUUAGCGGGAGGUUUGACGCCAGAAAAUGUUGUGGAUGCGAUCGAAGCUGUGGGGCCGUGGGCGGUGGACGUCAGCGGAGGGGUUGAGCUAGAGGAUGGUUCGGCGAAGGACAUCGAGAAGGUCAGACAGUUCAUCAGAGCAGCCAAAGGGAGCACAGAGUAAGAUAGCACUUUUAGAACAUGUGUUUUCUCAAGGGAAUCGAGUCGAAGCAACACCUAUCAUAUUGAUUGAUUCGGGCUAUGUGAUGUUGUACUUAUAUACAGUGCACUAAAUACUACUAUGUGUGUAUGAAGACGUGUCAUGAUGAUGUAUGGUGGAAGAUGAUAUGGGCAUGAGGUUACACAAGAACGUCGACACAAGCUGCAUGAGAAGACAGGGUUAGUUGCUACAAGAGAAAUGCGCAGCCGAGCUCUUAACAUCCUAACCAGCCGUAGGGGCUGAUCCAUCCAUCAACAAAGACAACAGCUCUGCCUCUUCCUCUGCAGUCCACCCACCGCCACCGACUUCCCACAAACCGUCUGAUCCCUCGUCUCGCCGCUCAGACGGGCUCUCUCUUCCAGGUGAUGUGAGGCCUAAAUCCAACUUGAAUGUGUCGGCCUCAGUAACGCUCGGAUGUGAAGACUGACAAAGGGCACUGAGAGAAUCAAAGAAGGAUUUCAAGGCAGAAUCCGACGAGAACGCUUCGUAGUCGACGUCGGUGUCGCUCUGAGUUCCGGUGUUGAUAGAAGAGUUUGUCUCUUGUGAGGACGACAAGUGGAAAUUGGGGGGUUCCUGGUUGUCGUCUUGCUCCUCUCCAUCUGUAGGCGAGAUGUUCGGACUAGAAGGCGGAAGAGGCGAAGAAGGAGGAAGAUCGCUGUCCCAAGAAUAAACUUUCGGAGCAAUAUCCAGAUCGACUGGGUUUCGAACGGUUUCAUCCCCGUCGUCCUCAUCAUCGGCGUCGCUACUAGCAAUGGGCAGAGAGCUGGAGGGUUGAUCGUCAUCGUGCUUCGAUACGAAGACAUCGGCCUUUCUUGCUUUAUUUGUGCCACUCCCUCCUACACCGCGUCCCGCAAGCACCUUCUGGAUGGGCGACAUCUCAGCCGUGGGGGAAGUGAAAUCAAGCUUGUCAUCAUUUUCGGGAGAAAACAAAGGGCUUGACAUGGAACGCGACGGUGAACUAGUAGAAAGAGGUUGACGUUUGCGGCUGUGUGGGGUGGAAGGUAGACCGGUGGGAACUAUGGCUCGGAAGGGGGACUGAAUAGUAUGCGGAUCGUUUCGGCUUGGCCAGGCUAGCCGUGUAGAGGGUGUGGCUCGGGGAGUGCAGAGGAACGACGCAGUUGGGAACACAGGAGCGGGCGCCGAAACUAUCAUAUUGACGGUAGUAGGAACAUGUUGGUUCACUGCGGAGGGCGUUCCUGAAAACUGAUCAAGGGCGUCCUGAGAGGUAGCAGCGGUCGACCCAUCCGUUACGUUUUUGGUGUUCCCUCGUUUAGUCUCUGUCUCUCUGGCGCUUCGUUUUGCGGUGGAUGGUUUGCUACGCGCCUUUCUCUUCCCUUUACGGGCUUCUUGGGACUGUUGUGAAGACUCAGGUUGGGCUACAGGCUUCUUCGCGAAUCGAGGCUGAGUAGCGGUCUGAGUCUUCGCCCAGGAAGGGACCAGGAACUUCUUCGGUUUGUAGAUGGACGCAACGAGGGACAUCCGUGCUGCAAGAAGAUCCGCAUUAGGUGGCGGAGCAGAGUUUUCCAAUGCACUUGACGUGCUUGCGACAGGCAUCGCAGGCACUGUCGACCCUGAAGGCUGGCGACUACGAGACGUGAAGGAAGUGCGGAAAGGUAUGGGGUCGGAGAGAAGCGGCCGUGUGGUGAACGGUGGUGAACGAGUCACUCCCUUGCUAUUGCUGGCGAUGCGAGACGUGGAAGGACGAACAGGCGAGGUCUGUGUCUCAUGGCGCUUCUUUCGACGUUUGGAUGGAGAAUAGGGAGCUGGGGAAACACGGCCUGCGCGGUCACAGUUCCGGUCCGGAGAACUUGCACGGUGUGAAGAACGCGAUUCGUCGCGGAGAUCUGCACGACUGCGUUUGUGCGAGCGACGUUCCCGUUCGGGUCUCGGUGGUCUUGGUGGAGACGCUUCCAAUGGAGGAGGAGCAGCACGAAGAGAUGUGCGACGUCGGAAAGCGUCAGGGUCGACAUUUUCCUUGUCCAGAACAAUGAUAUCGUCGUCGUUGCAUCCAGAUGUUGUUUCUCCCGAUGUCUGAGUAGCUGGAACAGAACUCAGACCAGAAGGAUGUGUUUG